AUGUCUUCGAUAUCAAUGUCGGGGUGUCCGAUGUCAGGCCGAGCGAGUGGUAUCCCACAAGGGUCAAACGUGGAAGACUUCCUGCGCCAAAGGGAACGGAAAGCCAUCAACGAGUUACUCUACUCCAAUGUUCCUUCAAUGGACGAGAUCAAGGCCAUCCAGAACGCCAAGGGUGUGAAGAGCCUCGACAAGCUGAACGUGGAUGAGCGAGAUUUGCUUGCUGUUGCUUUGGGAGCGCCUGCUCGCCAGGUCAUCUUACGCGCCGAAGAGGUUGGCCCUAGCACAGGCUGGAGGGAUGGCUACCUGAGUGUUGAGUACGGGUUCCAGCCUCCUGACACAAGCGAGGCCCCAGGAGCAUUGCGAAAUUCACCCGGAAGAGUAUGGAUGGACCUUUGCGAUCGUAUGCCGGGCUGUAUUGCGCGUGGUCGUGUGCGAGAAUCAGUGGCUGCGCUACCAAUCGUUGAAGGUCGCAUCGACAUCAUUCCCGACAAGGCACUGUGGGCAGCACUAGUUGCUCUAGGGAUGCUGUGCUCAAUAUAUCGAUACGAGGAGAGACACGAUGGUAAUGAGGGAAUCAAUGUUGCAGCGAAAUCUCUCAGACUCGACAGCGUGCCGAUGAGCGAUGAUCUCGGGGACGAGGUCAAAGGGAUUCCGCGCAGCAUUGGACUGCCUUAUGUUCAGAUUUGUAUACGCAUGGGUCGAUCGAUUCCUCAUCUCACUUUCUUCGACCAGUCAUCCUACAACGUCGACUACAUAGAUCCGUUAUCGGACUACCCAUAUGUCGGUCGAUUUGACAAUACUAGACUACGAUGGGCGAUGUUCGGUGACAGUGCUGAGCGAGCCUUUCUAAAAGGAUGUGCUGAGACCUCCGCAAGCUUUCAGCAUGGACCUGACGCUAUUGCAGCGUGCCAGGAGCACGUAAUGAACAGGAACAAUGAAGGCCUUUUGCGUGAGCUCAUCCGGCUCAAAGAGAUCCUCGAGCGCAUGCCUCAAGCAUUUCAUACGAUCUCGUUAGCGGGAUCGGGAGAGAACUAUGUCUCACCGGCGGAAUGGGUACGAUGGGCCAAGUUUUCCGCACCUUUGUCAAAGAGAUGCCCUGCCACUUCUGGUUUACAAUUCCCUCCGUAUCUUGUCAUGGACGCAUUCCUCGGACGGAAAAAGUAUGAUUCAUUUCUCGGUGCCGAGGGCGUCCAUCUACGAGCGUGGCUCCCUUCUAACCUCCGCGCAUUUAUCGCUGCCAUCGAGUAUCAUUACAGCAUCCCAGAAUAUGUGAAAGCAUCUGGAGACCCUCGUCUUAUGGGUGUCUUGGACGGGGUCGUCGAAGCCUAUACCGGCGAGCGAGGCUUUAUGGGUGUUCAUCGGUACAAAGUCUUUGGGCUUCUCGAAUGUGCUGGCAAGACUGGUCGUACCGAGACUAACGGUGCUUCGGGGGCUUCGAACGACAUGCGACCAUGGGAGCAAACACACGAGGAAUUCUCCGCAUCUAUGAAAGAGCGUCUAGAGCCAUUCCGGGGCCAACGCGAUCUCGAACCACAUGAGAUGCGUGGGACAUUCGAAGAGUGUCGCUACCGCGGACGCAUCCUAAGCCGAAACUUCGUCGAUUCCGACCCAUCCCGAUCCAUUGCAAUGGUCACUCUCGAUAUUCAAGAAGCGGGUAUUACAUUCCAACCUGGCGACAGGCUCGCAGUCAUGCCGAUGAACUCGUGGACAGAGUGCGCCAAGGUUGCCGCGGCUCUUGGUCUAGAUUCCAUGCUCGAAGAUACCGUCACACUCGAUCGCGUCUGGUCGCGCUAUGCUGACCAUAUCGCCAGUGUGACUCGGUCUGGAAAGCCUCGGCUCACAGUCAUUGAUGUGCUGCGCAAGGGUCACCUGGCGCCGAUCACGCAGGGGCUUGCGACCAAGCUGCACACCAUGCUUCGUGCAUCCUCGAAUACCGUCCUCCAGGUCCUUGCCACAAAUGAAUGGCCGGUGCGUGCCUCAUUAGGAGACCUGCUGCAAGCUGCAGUGCAAGAUACCCCGACCAAAAUCUGGGACCAAGCGUUUGGUCUAUCUGGUGAUCUCUCAUGGCUAGCCGAUUUGAUUCCCGUCGAAGUUCCAAGGACUUAUAGUAUCUCCUCCACAAACUCUGACGAGCUCUUACCAGGCACCGUCGACCUUACCAUCUCACGUUCAAACUACGAACUGUGCUCGACCUUCGCUGGAAACUCCAAAGUCAUGCGACAUGGGGUUAGCAGUGGCUUCCUGAACCCACCUGUAGGCGACGAGUUGGAUGUUCUCGAUGACGAGGAACUGCUGUUGGGAGUCUCUCGGCCGUUUGCGUUCCAGCUUCCUUUUGACGAUACCUCGCCUGUAGCGUUGUUUGCAGGCGGGAGUGGCAUUGCGCCAUUCCGCAGUUUCUGGCAAGCUCGCUGCGGACAAUCUUGGGGUAAAACCGCGCUUUAUCUGGGAGUGCAGUCGCGAGAGAAGUUCUGCUAUGAGUCUGAGCUUCGCCACUACGUGAACGAAGGCUUGAUGGAGGUCCACACCGCGUUCUCCCGUGACUCCAGAGGUCUAGUCUACGAUCCAGUAACUCAAGACCUUGUGGAGAAAGAGAUUCCGCCACGCUACAUUGACGGUCUCAUUGUGGAGCAAGGGCAUGCUAUCUGUGACUUGGUCAUGAGUAAGAAGCAGGGAGGUAUUGGCGGCUACAUUUACGUAUGUGGCUCUGUCGGUGUCUUCGAUUCUGUCAUGUCCGGCAUCCGGAAAGCUCUCUACAAUCAUCGCUCGCCAACCAUGGAGACCGUAGAGUCCAUUCUCACCACUGCUUUCGCCGAACGUCGGUUCAUGCUUGACGUUUUUAUGACCCCGAAGCCUUUACCGUGUAAUCAACCAACCAUACCGCUCUCCCAACUCGCACUUCACACCGGACACACUCCCGACUCCCGCGUUUGGAUCAGCGUACACGGCAAGGUCUACGAUGUGACUGACUUCUGCCCUAUGCAUCCCGGAGGCACCAACAUCAUCAAAUCCAAUGGCGGUGUCGAUUGCUCAAAGUCUUUCGAUCUUCUUGCGCAUACUAACAAUCCCGAAGUAUCGUCACUUCUCACGAAGUACUAUAUCGGAGAAUUGACACCCAAACCAGCCUACCACUCCGAGGAGAUUGGCAUGCUGUAUGAUCUCUGGAAUAGCUUCCUUCGGGUCGCCACUGAGCAGGUGGUUGCCUCUCACUUCGAAGUCGGGAUGAUCAUGGAGUCAUCUAUCGUCUGGUUCCAAGGGGAGCUUUUCAAUAUGGGCGGUGUUCGUCGAUUCUAUCACUAUCAAUCUCGGCUACUCCAGGGCGCCUUCUCUGCCUUGUUCGGACCCAAGCUCCAGGAGAUGUAUCUCAAGAUCUCGUUUGCAUUUGCAAAUGCAUCUUCCUCCUCGACCCCGUCCAAGCUUCCCGACGUUCUCGGCAUCAUUGCUCGCGCCAAAGGAUCUGGCGAUGCUGUCAAGGCAUCGAAUGAGAUUUCGCAGAUUGGGCAGUUCACUUGCAACAGCGAAUCUGCCCGCCAUCACGAGAAGGGCAUUAUUACCUAUGCGCAACGCUCUGUGCAGUACGAUAUGGAAUUUCUAGAAGCUAUCCGUGACGAAGCUUGCGCAGGCAUGGAUGCUUUCAGUACCAUCAUGGAGUUUGAUGCUGCCUCGGAUAGCCAACGCAUCGCAGCGCUCUCUGCGUUCCUCAUGCAAGUUCUAGAACGUAUGGCAAAGCGGCUUGAAGGGUUCUACACAAAGCUUGCCCGCCACUCAGUUUUCCAGCCCGAGUUGGAGAGGAACCCUGCUCGUGCUCGUUGGAAUAUUCUCAAACGAAAGAUACGAGACGGCUCUUUCUUUGUCUUGUCCCGCAACGUCACCAUUAGCACUGCUCCAAGCUAUCAGCCUGCCGUUGGAGAGCGCGUGGAUUUCGACCAAGUCGUCUCGCAAAUCGAAAUGAACCUUGAGCACGCUGAUUUACGGUCGAAUCGCAACCUCGACCUGAAUGAGCAACAUGCCGCGCGGGCCAUGGACACAAGCGACGGUGCUCCCGCAUACGAGAAACACAACCAUACCAGUGCGUUGAGGGCAAUGUCAUCUUUCAUCAACGACAACAAACGCGCCAUCCGCCGUCUUAGCAAACUCCCUCAGGACAUUAACCUCGAGCAAUUAAUGCAGGCUUACGGUUCUGUGCAUCCAGUUCCCAACGGCCUUCCCACGCCACCAUCCAGUCGCUCCACAAGCCGUUCGCCGUCAAUCAAUAGCGGACGCGGGAAUCUGGCAAGGCGAAAUACAGUUGCAGACAGCCACUCGGGCGCAGCGCUCCAGCGCCGUCACACUGCUGCUUCUGAAGAUAUCGUCACAACCCCUACCCACAUGUCACCAACCGCCACGAUGUCUGCACUGAUGACCAAGAUGAACACACGCCCAAAGCCGGGCCAAGUUGGACUUGCCUCACCGCCUCACAGCGCUAUCGGCUCGGCAAAUUUCAGUUUCAACGAUCGCGCUCGCUCUAUGCAACGCCUGCCUAUACGAGAAGAAUCGGCGCGUGAGGCUUCGCCAAUGAGUCCUGCGCAUAUGCGCUCAAGGAGUACUACCAACAGCCUAAGAGCAUUCCGACUACAGGCCAGCGCAGUUGCUGGUGGUAUGAGCAGAAGAGGUGAUACCUCGGCACAUUGA